GGGGGGGAAGGAAAAAAUAGAUCCGGAGUAAAUAAGAGUGAUAGAAUUUAUUUAUUUAUGACUUAAGCAGUGCCUGGCUUAUAACAUGCUCCGUUCGUCUAGAACAGUGGCUGCGUGGGAUAAGAGCGGAAUCGUUGGGCUGUUUCUGCUGCUGGCUACGCUGAAAGGUGAAAUGACCAUAGGGACUGUGACGUCAAGCAUGGACAAUUCCUUAAGAACGCCGCUUUGGUUGCCACUUCAGUACAAUGUGUUAAACACGGAGACAUUCUUUUUCUUAAAGAACUUGAAGAAAGAUGUUGUAAAAUAUAACUCUAGCAUGCAGACACAAUCGCAGCACCUUCUGAUAUUUGGUAACACCAAUGCAGAACCAAUUGUAAAUGUCAGCUAUGGCCCUUUUAGUACUUGGAAGACACUGCACGAAGACCAGUUGGGACCCAAAACUGUGUUUCCAUCGACAUCAGCCACCAAGAGAGUUAACUGGCACGUUCAGGCUUUGGUCGCAGAGGAGUACAUUUAUUCCAAUAAUGCAAAGGUUCAAGUCCUGUUUUACAUAUCAAGGAAGGAGUGGGAUAAUCAAGCAGAGACAGAUGCAUUACCCUGCGUGAGACUUUAUGCUUUUCACGAAACCCAAGAGGUCAGAACUUCAUGUCAGCUCAAGGGGGAUCUUGGAAUGUGCCUGGCUGAAGUAGUGCUGCCUUCAAUUUGGUUUGAGCCACUGUUGUACACUGACAACUUGAAGCAAGAAGAUCGUUUAAGUAACAGCACCACCGUGGAAUUGUAUUACAAUUUACAGCCUGUUGGGGGCGGAGAUUGCAGUCCUAACGUGCAUCAGAAGAUGACCAUCAUCAGGCCCUUCAAGACCGUCACAAAGAAAAAUCUGAGCCCAGUUGGAACAGUUUACCUUCAGCAUGCACCUGAAGCGCCAAAACUCCACGAAAUUAAUCUCGAUGAAAACGUGGUAAUAUACCUUCCUACGAAGCCUCUGAGGCCUGAAGAAGUCAUUGACGUGCCUGUCAAGCUCAUGGAGAAUUCAGCGGUGCAGCAUUUUACACUGAGGUUUAAAGCAAAGAAAGGAAUCUCUGUGCUCUCAAUACAUCCCAGUAAUCCCAUGGUGUGGGAUGUAAUGUCAGAUAUCAAUCGAGGUGCCAAACACACGUUUGCUACGAUAGAGGUCGUCAAGAAGAGAGGCACAGUCAGCAUAGCAAAGAAGAGCGAGAUAGCACAACUGGUGUUCGAGAUGGAGAACAUCACCAGUCAGACGGUAACGCGCCGCAUCCUCUGGCACGUGGGCUCCUCUGCGCCGGGGCUGCCCCUGGAGGCCCAGCCAGGCCAGGUCACGACGGAGAUCACCAUCACACAGCUUAACCUCACCACUAUCAUCCCCUUCCCGAAGUUUCCAGAGCUGGUGAAUACGGCAGUGCUGACAGGCCAGCUGGUGAGAGUGCCCUUACAAGUGGUGGCUAUUGACACGAGUGGCAUUCUAUUGGAUGUGUCGCAGCGUGCACACUGCCAGUCAGCAGACGAAGACGUCCUUAAGGUGACCGAGUCGUGCGACUACGUGUACGUGGACGGGCGAGAGAGCGCCGGCUCCACCCGUGCGCACAUCCAAGUGACCCACGAGCACUUGCGGGCGGGGCUGGAGCUGGCCGUGUGGCUGCCACGGCUGCCGCUUCACAUCCAGCUCUCCCACUCGCAGCUCAGCCAGGUCAAGGGCUGGAGAGUGCCCAUAUUUUCUGAAAGCAGGCCGCAAGGGACUGGUUACGUGGCUGAAGACGAAGAUGGGAAGGCUCGGGGCUGCACCCUGCAAUCACAGCACGCAACCCUCAAAGUGUGGACCCACUUCAUUGCCUCCAACGACGUCGGCCAGGUCACAUCGAUGCUGGGAUCUGAUUGGCUGGUUGACGUGACAUUCCUGGUGAAGGAUCACGUGACCGUGAGGAACCCAGCGAUCGCACGCGUUCGCCACGGCACCAUCGUCGUUGCGCAGCAGCCUGGGCGAACCUUCGUUCAGGUGGUGUCCCCGGUGUCCAGUGCGGUUCUUGGAGAAGAAGCGGUGCGAGUGGGUGAAGAAAAAGUCACCAUAAGCCGCCUGCACGUCAUGCUUGUGUCAGGGAUCUCUCUGAGCCUGCAGCCCAGCCUAUACCAGGCCAACAUUGUCAGUGCAUUCACCUACACCCAGCAUGUCCUUCACACACCCAAGCAGGAGGCGGCAUUUGCUAUAUGGAUCCAGUUCAGUGAUGGUACAAUGGUUCCACUUGAUGUAUUUAAUUCGGAGGAAUAUAUUCUGCUGCUACGCUCCCUUGAUGACCGUGUGGUCUCUGUUACCCACGAUCAGCAGUUCAUGUGGUCCAAGGUCAUCGCAGAAGGUGAAGGGCAGGGUGGAUUUCUGAAAGCAGAAUUUAUGAUCUCUGAAGCCUGUCAAAAGACCAACAGAAAGACCACACUCGUGUCACCAGUGGUUAACGUGAGAGUCAGAUUCGGGAACGACAGCGAAGAUUUUUUUGACAGCCGCGACGAUUAUAUAAUUGGAGACGAUAGCUUGGAGCGCCUCACCAAAGUUCCGCAAACAGCAGUCCCUUGGAUGGAAAAGGAAAGUGUAUCAAAAUCAGUGGUCACCUAUACGAGACCAACGCAAUCCCAGCGUGAGACCUGGAAGAAAGGAUUGGAGGUUGUGAACGUAGCGCCAUCGAGUGAAGAUGAAAGGCCCAUAAGCAGGUCGAGCGGCGAGAACGACGACGAUUCAAAGGAUGAAGAUUUUGACCAGGAUGGUGGAGACGAUAUGGCUAGCGUCGAGAAUGAUGGCAUUGAUAACAAGGUGGAGCCCGGCCUUUCUGACGUUCAGAUUGGCAUGUACACUUUACUCGGCGUAUUCUGCCUCGCUAUCGUUGUUUUUCACAUCAACUGCAUUUUCUUUGCUCUGAAGCGACGGUGUAAGGAAGCGCCACAAACCCAGGAUGAGAUUGACCCGACCAAGGAAUGGACGUGCAUGAGAACCAGCCGUGAGCACGUCCGGGCUCAGAAGGACAACGUGAGCUCUGCAAGCUGUCACCUCGAAACGUGCAAUGAGAGUUCGCACGAAUACGAGCACAUUGACCACAACGGCUUGUGGACAAUAGAUGUGAGCCAGAUGUACUCCCAUUCCAGGAGACAGCAGCAUGUCCCACAAAGGCUUCCUCCGCCAAGGAGCGGCAUUUCAAGGCACUGCUCCUUUAGGGAUAAGGACAUUGAGAUGUGCGAGUUCAGAAAGUAGUUGUAUCUCACACUGUACAUCAAUUUUAUAAAGAAAUCAUCAGAAGUUUGUCCUUGGUAUUGUAUUUCAUAUUUGCUGGUUAGUGCCAUUCUGCAUCGUGUACUGGUGGAUGCGUUGCAGCACGCAGAUCAUCAAGUGGAGACUUUUAAAAGGAGCGGAGGAAACAGAAAAAAACAAGAGACUGCAUUGGGCAUGUAAUUUAAUACUUAUUCGGAGUGGAUAUCCAAAGGAGAUGAACAAUGGAAGGCUGGCAUACACUAACGUUUUAUAUUUCCCAUUUUAUCUCGAGUGCCCACGAUUGCAACAUUUUAUUUAGUGCUUCAAGUAACCAUGUCGCAGACAACACUGUGCACGGAAUGCUUUGCCACCGUAUACUGUACAUGGUGUAGUCAUGGCAACGCGUGUAUACAUGGUGAUGGUGGUUAAUGAUCCGUGGCUGGAGUCCCGAUGUGGCCGUGACGCCGUCACAAAAUGCAAGCACUGGGAUUUGUUGCGGACUUAUACACGCGCGCACUGCAUUCUGCCGUGUUUCCGUGCAUCCAGAUUGUCUUUUUUUCCCAAUGGUCCGAUGCACAUGCAUUGAUCACAUUUUUGGUGAUUUAAAACUAGCCCUUGGUAAUUAUGUAGACAUUUCGUGAAAGAACUGCAACUUGCAUUAAAUACUCACCGAUCCAACCCUAACCCUCUCCCAACCACUCCCACCUCCCCACCUGUACUCCGUCAAACAAAGUUACACGUCACCUUUCUUGGCAUCAGUCGGGUGUUUUAGAAUAAUUGUGUUCUUUAGACAGGUGUACGUUAAGUGAGGCUGUGAGCGAUUAAUGGAAUUAGAGAAGAGUUGGUGGACCCCCCCGUUCCCCCCUCAUUCACCCUUGUUAUGGCCUAAGGAAGUGUUGUGUAAAAAUAAUGAGAGAAAAAAAACCACACUUUCAAGCUUUUGAGUGUACAGGUUAUUUUUAUAAAUGUAAAUAGCAUAUGGAAGCUGGAGUUGCAUGGGAUGAUAGUGUAUGUAAAAGCUUAACAUUGUAUAAACUGAGCUGAGAUGAGGUCUAUGCUAUUUGUUAUAUUGUGAUGGUUAUCUAACACCCACAAAUGUGAUAUAUUUUCAUAACAGCCAGUUAUUCAGUGUUGUAAAUUCUAUAAUACUUUGUUAUUUCAUACGUUAUGUAGCAAAAAAAAUCACUAACUUUUGAGCAUCGAUUUGUUAUUGAAAUACAGUAUGUGGUUUAAUUUACAGUACUAUUCUGUUUACAUGUUUAAUCUUGUCUUAUGUUUCCAUAAUGUAUACUUAAUAUAGUGUACAUGGAGUUUUUUCAGCAGUGUUGAUGAAUUCCAAGAAAACCUUUCUCCGUUUCUCUGCCUGUAUUUCUCUGUAUUUCAUUAUUUUUGGUGUCGCUCGCUCGUUAACUUGUGCUUACACUUCGUCACUUUUCUCUCGCGCUACCCUUCUCCCUCUCCCCGUCCUCCCCUCUCUAAGCUGUAUGGAAUUUAAUGACUUUAACGUACAAGUCAUUAAGAUAUUGAUGCUUUU